ACAGCACAGCCGGCGAGGAGGUGCCGGGCGGCGGGCGACAUGUUUCAGGGCCCCGAGAGCGAGGGCGGCCGGACUGGCUCCAGGGCCAUGAAGCCCCCGGGAGGAGAGGCCAGCAAUCUUUUUGGAAGUUCCGAAGAAGCUGCUCCUUCAAGCAGGCCCAAUAGGAUGGCGUCUAAUAUUUUUGGACCAACCGAAGAGCCUCAGAACCUACCUAAGAGGACCAAUCCCCCAGGGGGCAAAGGAAGCGGCAUCUUUGACGAAUCCACGCCCGUGCAGACACGACCGCGUCUGAACCCACCUGGCGGAAAGACCAGUGAUAUUUUUGGGUCCCCGGUUGCUGCUACAUCCCCUUCGGCACAUCCAAACAAACCCAAGGACCACGUGUUCUUGUGUGAAGGAGAAGACCCAAAAUCGGCCCCUAAAGCCGCAGCGAGCGCCUCGCCGGGAGAAGAGCCAGGGCGGAAGGGCGGCCCUGGAGACGCGGGCCGCUCUCAGCAGCCGGUGCCCGAACCCACGGCUGACAGCCACGAGCCCAGGUUGGGCCCGCGCCCUCGUUCUCACAACAAAGUCUUGAACCCACCUGGAGGCAAGUCCAGUAUCUCCUUCUACUAGGAGCUGCUGCUUCCCCUGUAGCCAGACAAAACACCGGAGAGAUAGGAUUUCAAACACUAUAGUUUCUUUUAGCCCAAAGGAGCCGGGUGGGGAGAGGGUCUGUCGUGUAUCUGAAGCCACAGCUCGGGCACUGCACCGUGGCCCACAUCCCAGAGCCGUGGAGGACCUCACCUUCCAGACUGCCAGGACACCUGUGUUGGUGGGUAGAAAAGGGGACUCACUUUUAACUGCAGAUGUGACCAGACUCUGCGAGGGGUGCGGGGGCCACGGUGAGGCCUGGUGGCGUGGGGUCACCCACGGCCUCACUGCAUGGUGCUCUGCUCUGCGUGGGGUCUGGGAAUCACUAACACAGUAGCAGAGUUUAAAUCUAAAGUCUUGGCAAGAAAAUAAAAAACAACAUGGGUGUCCCUGUGGGAUAGAGGAGCAAGACAUAAGCCAAAACGCUACUGGCAGGGACAGGGGAGGGGGCUCUCUGUCCGGCUGGCCCCAGAUCCUCACCCUGUUGACUUCAGGACAGUUCCCAUCCCCUGGUGGCCGCUUGGCUGUCGGCCCCAGCGUGUGGCCCUGCACAUUUCCCAAUAGCCGGUUGCUUGUGCUCAGCAGCUGUCAUCAGAAACCAAAAAGUCGUUCUCAGUCUCCCGCUUUAUGGCAGGAUUUUGAGGUGCUCCAUUUCUGCCAUCCAGACGCUUGGCCAGAUCUUUCCUGCGCAGGCUGGUUUCACUGUGAAUCGUCCCCUCUUUUCCUUAGCGGCCUCCAUUCCAGGUCCACGCCCAUCACCAGCCAUGCGGACAGACCCCUUCCCAAGUCCGUUCUUCCUGUUGGCAAGGCCCCCUGACUUCUGCAGCUUUAGGCCUGUCCACGUGUACCCAGACAGCGGGGCUACUGACAUCCCUCAUGCAUCUUUAUUCCUGUUGGCGGUGGGAGGAAGCAAUGGUCCUGAACCGUGGGGUUCUUAGGUUUGAAUCUUCAAUAGUAUCUAGAGAACUAUUAGAAAAUCCCAGCUUUAUGUAAGUGACUGUUGACUCUGAUCUCUUUGUGACACCUUUCUAGGAAAAAGUCAGUUGCUCAGGUAUAGCAAAGAGGAAGCAACGUUUGCUUUGCUGCUCUUUUUAAAGCUUUGCAGAACCUCUGACCACAUUCAGUUUCCAGAAGAGACCUGGAGACCUUGGGCCAGAAGAUGAAGUAGUUUGAUAGUGAAGUCUCAGCUGGCCAAUUCUGUGCUACUUUCCAGCUGAGAUACUGGGCUGGCCAGAGUCCUGUCGCUCAGUCUGUCGGGCGCAAGUUUCUCCCGCUCGUCCUUCAGGGCUACAUUCUUGGUUCUUACGCUCACGUUGGACCAACAGCUCACAGGGGACAGGGUUCGGGUUGGGGUAGCUAUCGGUACGAGUGCCUACAAAGCCAAUGCCGUGUGCUAAAAAUACCUGCGUCGUCAUCACAGUGCAGAAAAGCAACAACACUGGGUUCAGUCGCACCCACCGUGGCCUAGACACCGAAGUGCCUGCAGGAGCCGCAGGCCGAGCUCCGCCUUACACGUGGCGCACGUGGCUUUGUUCACCAAAGACCGCUUCCCCCUUUCAGCUGCCCUGUUCACUCUGGAGCCAAGAAACGCAUUCCAUGCAACUCUCAACUACUUCCUGUCUCCGCCCUUCAAGUGGCCAUUUACAGGAAAGUUGUUUGGGAUGCAGAGCAUUUUCCCCCCAUUAAAAAAAUUGUCGUAAGUGGUGGUUAGGGUUUAAGUCCAAACACAUUACCUUGCUUAACUUAAUGCAGUGUUCUCGUGUUGCAAAUGAACCGCCACUUAUGAUUGUGUCUUGUGCUUUUUAAUAUUCAAGAAAACGAUUCGUGAAUUAUGGGUUGCCAGGAACCCGGAUAUUGUAGUGCUGGCCCCUGUGGCUUCACCCCUGCCUCUCUGCCCACCCAGCGGGCGGAAGCGAUGAGGAGCUCUCUGCUUCUGUCCCCAGCAGGCGUCUCAGGUGCGGAUGGGGAGGAGAGGUGGGAAUGGAGGCACAGCAGAACUGAAGCAAGAGCCUCUGCGAAGUGGGGACAGACGCCCUGCCUUACUUCCCUCCCUGGGGCCGCAGAAACCGGAUUAGAGUGCCUGGUGUCUGGUCGCUGGGGGAGCAGGAGAGGCCUUUCUGCUCCUGGGAGCCAACAGGGUGGCCAUUCAUGUUUGGAAAAUGCUCUGUACACUGAAGACUGCCUGUAUUUGGAAGAUGCAUUAACUCAGCAUCCUGUGUUCAACCUCUAAGCUGCAUUGAGAAGUUAUUAGUCUGUAUUUUUAUUAAGCCUUAAAACUUUUUUUAUGUGCAUUUGGUGCCAACUUUUUUCUAGAGCUGUAUCAAAAACAAGAAGUCUGUACUCACAUCACAACAUAGUUUUGAUGGGGGCAUCUUGUUACAAAGCAGGAUUGGGUAUACGCGUUGAAUUAAACUUCACAAUCAUGUACUCGAA